AUGCCUACUGGUAGAGGUGGUCGAUUAAUCAUUGCCCACGCUGGUUCAUUAACCACAGGCUUCACACUGGAGGCCAAACUUGUUUUUUGUGGUGGGAAAAGUUCUUGCCAAUCCAAUUACCAUUCAGAAGUGAAUGGAGAAGUUUUUAAGAAUUGGUUUAUUCGACUGUUGUCUGCACUGGAGGAAGGCUCAGUUAUCACGAUGGAUAACACCAGCCACCACUCUAUUCAGAUAGAAAAGCUGCCAUGUUCACAUUGGCGUGUGGCAGAUAUUAUUAUUAUUAUUGUGGAGUGGUUAAAGAGAAAGAAUGUUUCAUUUUCUGUCAGUGAAACGAAGGCUGAAUUCCUGUCUAAGGAAGAAAUCAUAGGUGCCAAAAAGAUUUACGAAUUAGAUCAACUGGCAAAUGAAAUGGAACACCAAGUGGUAUGGCUACCACCGUAUCACUGCCACUAUAAUCCCAUUGAAUUGAUAUGGGCCCAACAUGACUGGGAGAGGUGUGUAAAACACGCAGAAGCAUUGCAAGAAACUGAUUUCUUGAACCAGGGUUUGAGAGAUACCAUAGUGGAAUCUGUGAUAAUACACCUGGCUGAAACAAGUAACAGUGAAUCUGAAGACAUGGAGCCGGAAGAUCCUUCAGUUUAA